UGAAUCUAAACAAUACUAGCAAAGAAGAAGAAUUAUUCUGUUUGAGAAGAAAAAAGGAUAUUUGAGAAAUGGCAGCAGCAGGACCAGACCCGUUGUUCGGAUUGAGGAACAACUUCUACAUAGGUGCAUACCAAGCCGCAAUUAACAACAGUGAUGUUCCCAAUCUUUCACAGGACGACGCCGUUGAAAGAGACACUCUUGUUUACCGAUCUUAUAUUGCCCUAGGGAGUUACCAGCUUGUGAUCAAUGAGAUCGAUGCAUCAGCUCCUACUCCACUUCAGGCUGUCAAAUUGCUUGCUUUGUACCUUGCUAGCCCUGAUAAUAAGGAAACAGCAAUUGCUGGUCUUCAUGAAUUGUUAGGAGACCCAGCCAUAGGAAGCAAUCCUAUAUUAAGGCUUAUUGCUGGGAUUGUGUUCACGCAUGAGCAGGAUUACAAUGAAGCUCUGAAGCACACAAAUGCUGGUGGAACAAUGGAAUUGCAUGCUUUGAACGUCCAGAUACUCAUUAAGAUGCAUAGGUCAGAUUAUGCAGAGAAACAGUUGAGAAUCAUGCAGCAAGUUGAUGAAGAUCAUACACUAACUCAACUUGCGAAUGCAUGGUUAAACUUGGCAGUGGGUGGUUCAAAGAUACAAGAAGCAUAUCUUAUUUUCCAAGACUUCUCUGAGAAGUAUCAGAUGACUAGCUUAAUCCUGAAUGGAAAGGCUGUUUGUUGCAUGCACAUGGGUAACUUCGAUGAAGCUGAGACGCUGUUGCUUGAAGCCUUGAACAAGGACGCAAAGGAUCCAGAAACACUGGCUAAUCUGAUUGUCUGCAGUCUUCACCUUGGAAAACCAUCCGCCCGUUAUCUCAACCAGCUGAAAUUAUCGCACCCAGACCACACACUUGUCAAGCGUGCCGCAUCUGCUGAAGAAAGUUUUGAUAGAGCAGUCCAAACUGUCGCUUGAAGAAUGGACUUUAUGUUAAUGUUGUUUCAGUUAUGGUCCUUUCUGCUACUGAGGUUGCCGCAUGUCGAUUUGUUUUCCUACUAAAGUACCAAGUCAACAAGCAAUUGUAGAAGCUACAGUAUCUUUUUGGUUAUUCUCACUGAACAAUUUAACGAUUGGCAUGUCAAUCAGUCAAUAUAAAAAAUUUACCUGCAAUUUUUUAUAGUUUCUUGGCCAAUGAUUGAUAAGACUACGUCCGUGAAGAUCGUUUUGUGAUAA